AUGACCCUACCAAUCCUUCACUCAUUUUUGCUUCAACUCCGAGAUGUACUAGUUGAAAGAGCUCUCAAAGACCCCAAAUCCACGGACUCUGCAGGCUAUUCCAUUUUCAAGCGCAUCCCCAUAUUUCUAGAGGAACUGGAGGAGAAACUUAUUGAGAAGAUAUCAAAAGCAAGAGAAAGGUUUGAUAAUGGAGAUUUCCCAAUACCAAACAGAAUCAAGAAAUGCAGGACUUGCCCCAUAUACGGAUUUGUGAGGAAAGAAGUGGGAACCAAGCUCCUUAGUGGUGAAAACAAGGUGAGUCCCGGAGAGGAUAUAGAGAAGGUUUAUGAGGCGAUCAAUGAUGGGAAGUUGGGAGAUGUGCUGAUGAAGUGCUUGGCAUUUUGGAGAGGCACGGCGGGCCCUUUCACGCCGAGGCCUAGUGGGUUGUCUUCUCCAGGGCAGUUUAAUCCGGAGUAUUGGGGUUGGUAUGAGAAGCUGAGGUCUCCUUCUUCAGGUUCGAAUGGGAUAGUGAAUUGGGACCAGCUCUGA